AACAGUAACAGUUUAGACACAAUCACAAACAACACAACAGAAAAUCUCCUCACACACAUAGCCAGUGCUUGCUGUAUCGCACACACAUGUAUUUCUUGGUGACGAGGAAUUACCUUCAAAUACGCUGACUGACAUUGAAAUAAACAAGUAUCUAGCUUAUGUGUGUAAACCCCAGAACACAUAACGUGUAUUUAAAGACAGCCCGUUUCAGACACCACACAGAUUCAAGUCGACAAAGUUGAAUCACAUCUCCAAAAUGACAGCCCGAAGUGUGUUACUCCUGUUUCCUUUCAUUAUGUAUUUUGCUCAUAGGACCGAUGGGUGUCAACAAAAAUUGUAUGCGACGGAAAUGCAAUGGCUAGACGAGGAACUGGCGGAUUUGAAAUUCGCACAGCAUAACAUCGAAGGAUAUAAAGAUGCUAUACUAGAUCACCGGAAAUAUAGAUCACUGAACUAUGAAAUAAAUCAAUUGGUGGAGAAAAUGACGAAAGAGCUUGUGGAAAAAAAAAGAUUAGAGGAUGUGUACGCAAAAAUUGAAGCCAAUCAAAUGAAAGACUUCGAUUGGAUUUCCCAAAAGUAUAAACGAGAUAUGUAUAUAGCUGAAAAAAAGAAGAAAGAAAUGGAAGAAUUGGAAGCUAAAUUGAAUUUAGAAUUAAGACAAAAAGAAGCCAGACGACAGGAAGUAGAAGGCAGAGUGUUUGCAGAGAGAGAAAAGGCUAGACAAAGGGAGCUACAAAGACAAAAAGAAGAAGAGGAAGACGAGAAAAGGAGCCGUGAUGUAUUAGCUCUUCAAAAUGGACAGUUUUUCGCCGGAGCUUACUGGGGAGAACACCCCGCUGUUACCAAAUGGAAUGCAAGAAAGGCAUUAAAUAAGAGUCGGCGUGAACAUGAACGAGAACUUGAACGUCAACUUGAACUGGAACUAGUGCUUCUACUUGCCCAACUGUGACGUGUUGUAGAUCAUGUGACGUCUCUCGUGUUAUAGAUCAUGUGGCGUCUCUCGUGUUAUAGAUCAUGUGGUGUCUCUCGUGUUAUAGAUCAUGUGACGUCUCUCGUGUUAUAGAUCAUGUGGUGUCUCUCGUGUUAUAGAUCAUGUGGUGUCUCUCGUGUUAUAGAUCAUGUGACGUCUCUCGUGUUAUAGAUCAUGUGACGUCUCUCGUGUUAUAGAUCAUGUGACGUCUCUCGUGUUAUAGAUCAUGUAACGUCUCUCGUGUUAUAGAUCAUGUAAUGUCUCUCGUGUUAUAGAUCAUGUGGUGUCUCUCGUGUUAUAGAUCAUGUGACGUCUCUCGUGUUAUAGAUCAUGUAAUGUCUCUCGUGUUAUAGAUCAUGUAAUGUCUCUCGUGUUAUAGAUCAUGUAAUGUCUCUCGUGUUAUAGAUUAUGUGACGUCUCUCGUGUUAUAGAUCAUGUAAUGUCUCUCGUGUUAUAGAUCAUGUAAUGUCUCUCGUGUUAUAGAUCAUGUGACGUCUCUCGUGUUAUAGAUCAUGUGGUGUCUCUCGUGUUAUAGAUCAUGUGGUGUCUCUCGUGUUAUAGAUCAUGUGACGUCUCUCGUGUUAUAGAUCAUGUGACGUCUCUCGUGUUAUAUAUCAUGUGACGUCUCUCGUGUUAUAGAUCAUGUGACGUCUCUCGUGUUAUAGAUCAUGUGACGUCUCUCGUGUUAUAGAUCAUGUAACGUCUCUCGUGUUAUAGAUCAUGUAAUGUCUCUCGUGUUAUAGAUCAUGUAAUGUCUCUCGUGUUAUAGAUCAUGUGACGUCUCUCGUGUUAUAGAUCAUGUAAUGUCUCUCGUGUUAUAGAUCAUGUAAUGUCUCUCGUGUUAUAGAUCAUGUAAUGUCUCUCGUGUUAUAGAUCAUGUGACGUCUCUCGUGUUAUAGAUCAUGUAAUGUCUCUCGUGUUAUAGAUCAUGUAAUGUCUCUCGUGUUAUAGAUCAUGUAAUGUCUCUCGUGUUAUAGAUCAUGUGACGUCUCUCGUGUUAUAGAUCAUGUGACGUCUCUCGUGUUGUAGAUCAUGUGGCGUCUCUCGUGUUGUAGAUCAUGUGGCGUCUCUCGUGUUAUAGAUCAUGUGGUGUCUCUCGUGUUAUAGAUCAUGUGGCGUCUCUCGUGUUGUAGAUCAUGUGGUGUCUCUCGUGUUGUAGAUCAUGUGGUGUCUCUCGUGUUAUAGAUCAUGUGGUGUCUCUCGUGUUAUAGAUCAUGUGACGUCUCUCGUGUUAUAGAUCAUGUGACGUCUCUCGUGUUAUAGAUCAUGUGACGUCUCUCGUGUUAUAGAUCAUGUGACGUCUCUCGUGUUAUAGAUCAUGUGACGUCUCUCGUGUUAUAGAUCAUGUGACGUCUCUCGUGUUAUAGAUCAUGUGGUGUCUCUCGUGUUAUAGAUCAUGUGACGUCUCUCGUGUUAUAGAUCAUGUAAUGUCUCUCGUGUUAUAGAUCAUGUGGUGUCUCUCGUGUUAUAGAUCAUGUGGUGUCUCUCGUGUUAUAGAUCAUGUGACGUCUCUCGUGUUAUAGAUCAUGUAAUGUCUCUCGUGUUAUAGAUCAUGUGACGUCUCUCGUGUUAUAGAUCAUGUGGUGUCUCUCGUGUUAUAGAUCAUGUGACGUCUCUCGUGUUAUAGAUCAUAAAAGGAGUGAUUCAACAUGAUCUUUUUUGUCCUGUCUAUCUAAUGUAUUUCUAAUGAAUUUCUAAUGUAUUUUUAAUGUAUUUAUAAUGUAACCGGUAUUUCUAAGAUUUCUCAAACAGUAACACAGUCAGUAUCACAUAGAAUCUCAAUAUGGAAGACCCAGUAUACACAAGCCAUCCCUUAAUCGAGUGUUUCCCAAACUGUGUUCCGGUAGCUAUUGUGGUAAUUAAUUCUACAUUUAAUGCAGAACAGAAAAAACACAUAUUUAUUAGCUCUUCUAAAAAAAUGGAAAAAAUACUACAAUAAUAUAACUAUGAACUUUGACAUGCUCUAGAUUUGACUCUAAUUUGAAUCAAAGAUCAACCAUUAAAUGAUUUCCGGUCGAGUUUC